UUCUACCCUUCCUCUCCUAUCCCCUCUCUCUCUAAAAGCAAAACACACUGCUCACUCUCUCUCCCAGGUCUCUCUCUCUUGAGUUGCUGUUAAAUGGUACAGGGCCUCCUUGCCUUUGCCUUGGUGGAGAACCAGAUGCCUUUGAUGUGUGAGUGGAGAGAGAAAGCUGGGAUGGAUAGAUAGAGAGGAAGAGAGGGAAGCCAACAAAAUCGGCAGUAGCCUCUCCCCCAUUUUUUUUCUCCCCUCUCUCUCUAUUCUUCUUCUUUCUCCUCUCCAGCAACCGCUCUCCUCAGUCCUCUCCUCCCCACCAAAUCAAGCUGCUCUUCGCCGCGGAGGUCGUCGGAUUCCGGGCCCUCUCACCGCGUGGAUCUGCCGGCGGGGAGGGAGAUGGGGGCUCUUGCGCCGCGGCGGCGCGGGUCGGGGAUCGAAAGGUGGUGGAUGAGCUGCUGAGCUAGGAAGCAAAAGCUUUCUUGCUUUCACGAGGCGUACUCAACCAUCUUGUUAUGCUGGAGGGCAAGGAUAAGAGCAGGCCCAAUUGCUUCAGAGCUCUUGGGUUCUUGGUGCGGACUGUAGCAGCAGCAGAAGCAGUAGAUCUGGAGGGGUCAGCGAAGGCGUUCAUCAGAUGUUAUCCAGUGAGGAGCCUUCAGGCCCCUCUUGCUCUUCUAUCCAGGGUGUGAGCGCUGUUCCGGCGACGUCCCCCGGCGAGUCGCCGGCGAGCCAGGAUCCCACAGAUCUGGUGCAACCGUGCGCCAAAUUCUCUAUAAGAGAUUAUGUUUUUGCUUCAAGGAGCAAAGGCAUCAAGAGAAGCUGGCCUUUCCAUCCACGGUCGCUGCAGCUUUGCCUGAAGCGUGGUGUGAAGGAUCUGCUACCUCCAUUUGAACCACCUGAUUUGAUUCGAUCCCGGUCUUUGAGUACUACCAUAAACGUUGAGCAAUCUGCUGCAAGUUCAGAAGCCAAUGCUCCGGUUGGUCUGGUGAAGACUAGAGAUGAUGGUUCGUCUAUUGUGAAUGCAAGCAAUAUCAACUUCCAGUCAUGCCAACCAGUAGCUGAGUCACUUGGUCCUUCACAGUACACCUCACCAGAGGAUGGGAAAUCUGCUGUUGACCAAGGGGAGAAUACAAAUGGAUUGGACCAUACUGAUGAGGUUAUGCCAGUAGAUCUGCAAGUCAAUAGUUGCACCAAAGCAAUUCGGCAAACUGAGGUUGCUGUACCCUCUUGGCGAUCGAAAAAUCUUGACUCAUCACGAGAGCCAUCAGAAAAGAAGUGUAAAUUGGUAGUCAAAGUAGGAUCCUUGACGCGGACAGAAGAGGUGGCAUCUAAUUCUAGCACGGUUUCAGACCCGAUGGCCUCAAAAACCUGUCCUGUUUGCAAAGUGUUUGCUUCUACUUCAAACACAACCUUGAAUGCCCAUAUGGACCAGUGCCUUUCUGUUGAAUCUAAUACUGAGCCAGUGGAAAAAGUUAUCUUGAAACCGAAAGUUAAGCCAAGGAAGAAGCGACUGAUGGUGGACAUUUACAAGACUGCCCGUCUGUUCACUCUUGAGGAUCUUGAUCAGAGGAAUGGCACUAACUGGGCUAUCGAAUUGGCUACACCCACCACGAACAAGGAGGUUUGCACUGAGAACCGUAGCCCAGAAGUGGUGCCGUUUGACCCAAGAGACGACGAAAGAGAAGGCGAUGUCUAUGUUGAUUCUAAUGGGAUAAAAAUUCGGAUUUUGUCCAAGUCUAGUGAUGCGUCUUUGGUGUUGAGGGAUGAACAUAAUUCAAGGAAAGUUGCCAAGAACGAGACUGGAAAAAGUAUGUUGAUGAGCAAGACGUGCUUGAAAUCCAAAAUAUGCAAGAAUAAGAGGCUCAAGUUUCCAGGGAAGAAGCACAGCAAAACUAACCGAUUGAAUACCCAGGUUCGAACACAUACAGAUGGAGAUAUGCAUGAGCACACCUCUGAGGACGAAGAGGAGUCCACUAUGCAUGUGCAGAAACCUACUGAAAGCACAAGUUAUGGUGGCUCCGAAACUAUAAGGCAAUGGGUGGGCUCCAAACGCUCAGGUCUCUCUAAGAAUUGUGCCCGAGAGGUUACUGAUAAAGCAUCCAAGAGUAUAACGCCUGGAACCAAGAAGUUGGCUAGGAGCAGCAUUCGUGGUUUUGAUGAUUCUCAAAUAUCAGAUAGUCCUCCUGAGGCAUUUUCUUCGCAACCGCCGGAAGAGAUGACGAUCACUUCAGAAGCUAAUGAUGAUGACGAGAGGAAUGGUACUUCGAGAUUGCUCAGAUCGAUUCCUAGAUGGUCUUUAAAAACUACUCCAUCCAGCAAUGUCAUACCAAAAGUACCUAGGUCUGCUGCUGCUCUAGCCAAAAGGAAAAUAAAGGAGAUCGGAAGGAGAGAGUCCUAUAGGUCUGAUAACUAUGAUACAGUGAGGAAUUCCACCUCGAUCAGAAACUCUGUACGUCGGGGUCCUUCCUCCUCUGUUGCUGGGCUGAGUGAUGGCUCAAAUAGGGUUGCAUCUACCAAGAAGUUCCGGAAGAACCGAUCUCUGUUGAGGACUGGUAGGCGUGAAUUCUCACCUUCUAACAGUGGGCUAGUUCAUGGUUUUGGUCAAGACCAUGGAUCUAAUCCCAAUCAUACAAACAAGAGGUUCAGGGUUAGUAACAAGGAAACCUCCAAGAAGCUUAAGCACACUCAAGAAGAUACUGCAGAUAAUGACUUCUCUUAUGAAAGUGAUGUACCAGCAUUAGGACAAGGGGAUGAUCAAUACGAUGCGGCUCAACAAGCAGGAAUUUCACAGAUGUAUUAUGAAGGUGAAGAGCCUGAAACUGAAAUGCAAUGUGCAUCACCCUCCAGAAGUGAUCCUGUAGACUGCAGCAAUGAUAUGAGCAGCGAUUCUUUGAGUCCGGAAAAUAAUGAGACGGCAGAUGAUGUUUUGGUGGAAGGCUAUAGUGUAGCAAUUGUGGAUCCAUGCUCUAAUGAGAAAUCUGCAUAUCAUGCUCAUAUACCCAACGACGUUGCCAAUAAUGAGGUGGAAGAAUGGCAAAUUGAUCCGUCUUCAACUAAGGAAUCUAGUGCCUGCUUGACCAAUAAUAGGGACAUGGGUCUUGGAGCUCCUCAGGAUAACUCAUCGAUUACAUCAAACAGAGAAGAUUCUAACCUUGAUCACGGUUUGGUUUUUGAUCGUGGCUCAUCCGGCUCUCCUGUUUCAACUGCCUCCACACUGUCUCCUUCAACUUCUUUGAGGGACUCUAGGACUAACAGGUCUGAGCCAGGUCCAUCCACUGUUAGUCUUCCAACUGUUGAGGAACGGGUUUCUGGGAGCUCGAAUCAAGAAACCAAGUCGACACCUCUUGCCAGAGAAGGUGAACAGUUGCCUGAAAAGUCCUGUUGUUGCAAUUGUCGGGAGAGCAUUUCCAGGGAUUCUCAGGUGCACGAUCAAAGUGCGAUGGCUAGACCAGUGCCAGCUUUUACUGGAAGGCCGGUUCCACAGUUGAACAUAGGUUUGCGUGCGUCUUCAUCGUUCAGCACAUAUCAAAGAACCAGCACAAAGGCAAAUCCUUGCUUAGAUUCACAUGAUCAGACAUUAGCUGGUAAGGUUUCAGCUGAGCCUACCAUGACCCACCCAUCUUAUACGACAGAUUGUAUGAGCCCAUCAAUACAAACUCAGCUUCCUUCACCAUCAAAUCCUAUUUUGAGAUUGAUGGGCAAGAACUUGAUGGUGAUGAACAGUGAGGAGAGUGGACAUCCUCAGGCACCCAGUUCAGAUUACAUCAUGAGAGGAAAUUACAUGGCACCUGGUUGUUUUAUGCCUCAAAACUACCAACAUAUUGGUGAUCCUGCAUUUAUGAACACAACACCGUCAACAGCCAAUCAUCAAAUUCCUCUGUCAAGUGUACAAGCUGGCAACUUUUCUGCUCCUACGUUGCAUAAUGGUUCCAUGGUGCAAUCUGAUUAUCAUUCUCCACAAAAGCCAUACAGGAACCUCCUUCCAGUCAUGCAUCAUCCAUCCUACAUGAUGAAAGAAGUAAUCAUGAUUGAUGACUCUCCUGAGCACAGAAGCGAUCCACAAAUCAGUAUGCUUCUUCCUUCUGCACCUUCUCCAGCUACAAUCUCGGUCCCGAACACUGUGGCAUCAAGGCCAUUUUACUGCCUUCCAUCCCAAAACCAGCUUUUACCAAGGGAGAGUGCUGUUGGACCCCUGCCUGUAUUCACAAACAUUAACCCAAUUGUUGGUGUUAGCUCAUCAAGUCAAGGAAACAACGCAGAAGUAGCACAUCCUUACAUGUCAAAUCCAUUCUAUGUGCAAUCUCCGGCUGGUUACAUAAACCCAUCGGUCUACUAUUCGCAGAAUUUACGGUGAUGAUUCCUCAGUAACUCAAAUGAAGAAGAGAACUGCAAUUGGUCAUCAAUGCCAACGUGGGAAUAAUGAGAGCUUUGUGAUGAGUCUAAAAUUCUGAGAGUAGUGAACCUUCAUAAGAUGCCUGACUUUUUCAUGAGGUUUUUUCACAUAGGUUGCCUCUUUAGUUUUUCGUUUCAGGUAAACUUGUUUGCCUUCAAAGUACUUCAAUUACAUCCUGCAAAGUUCCAGUAAGUUAUAGUAUGGCAUUGUCCAAUAGUGCUCAAGGAUAUACCUCACUAUUUAUCGAAGAAACUAAUAGCUUACAUUGCAGCAAAAGUUUUUCCUUUUCCCUACUGUUUCCCCCUCUGCUCUUUGGAUUGUUUCUCGUCAGUUUGUGAUAGUUGAUGCAACAGCAGUAAAGAUGUUGCCAAGAUAUAAAGUAGUGAACUUUGCAUAUGCAAUGCAUCGCACUGUGAUUUGCAUAGUCGCAGAUGAACUGACAUGUGUACUGUUGCUUGGCUGACGAACCAAAUUAAGUAGCUAGUUUCUGGAUGUCAAACUGUGGGGGAAAUCAAAUAGGAAAAGAAAAAAAAAUGGUAUGGUAAUAGCCUUGAGAUUUUUGGGUUUCAGAACAAUAUUUGGUAGACCUGUGUUCAAGCUUUCAAUAUUUGACUAAAAGGGCA